GAUCGAGCUCCCUAUUUAUGCAGCGCGCCCCGCCACACUCAUCCCAUCACCAACUUUCUCAACCGAACAAACCUCCAUAGCAAAAGCAAAAGCAAAAGCAAAGAGCGGAGCAGCUACACAGCCCUCGCGAUCAUUUUGCUGAAUCCACGGCACGCAUAUAAACAUAAACGCAAUGGCGGCGCCGGCGAUGUUUCCUAAGGCGACGAGGAAGGCCACCGUUGGCGGCCGGCGCGCGUGGCGGCUGCUGCGGCUGGCGGUGCUCUGGGCGCGGAAGGGGAGCGCGGCGCAGAGCCUCCGCCUGCUCAAGACGCUGCGGCACAGCCGCGUCGGCGGCGGGCGCGACGACCGGCUGCGCUACGGCGAGCGGGAGUUCUCCAUCGACGAGACGCCGGCGUUCCGGUUCCGCACCCCCUCCGCGCGCGUGCUCCGCUUCAUCCCCUGUAUCGCGCCCUCCGUCCCGGACACCCCCGGCGUCUACGGCGAUGACCGCUACUUCUUCUGCGACGACCGCGAGCGGGACGCGAGCUGCGCCCGGGACUUGUACGAUGACCAGCCGAGCGAGUGCGGCCUGGAGAGCUUCGACAAUGGCGCGGACGAGCGCGCGAUGAUGGAGGCGAGCGUCGCCGUCGGCUCAUCGGGGGCCGUGGAGGGCGGCGAGGAUGCCGGGGUGGACGUGAAGGCGGACGAGUUCAUCGCAAAGUUCUACGCGCAGAUGAAGCUGCAGCGCCAAAUCUCGUGGCUGCAAUACAACGAGAUGAUGGAAAGGAGCGUCUGCUAGAACAAUAGUGUUAAGGUUGUUUGUUUGAAUCAUCAAAAUCUUGAGUUUUGGGUUCGUCCAUGUCAAUUGCAAGUUAGAUAAACACAAAAUACAGUAAACCGUACUUGUACACAGAUAUAUAUAUGUGCAUAUAUUUCUCUUGAUUUCA